GGGUGAGUGUUCCGGACUGGCUGCCGUAGGCAGGGGGCGGAGUUUUAGUCUAGCUGUAGCCACAGUUACCGGGUUUGGGAGCUCUUGCGUCCCGGAUGUAAUUCUCCUAGCUGGUGCAGCCUUUUGGCUCGUCUUGGUUCGUAGUCCAAAAGGCCAAUGGCUAUUGAUAUUCAACCAGCAUGCCUUGGACUCUAUUGUGGAAAGACACUAAUAUAUAAAAAUGAUUCAACCGAGAUAUAUGGAGAAUGUGGGGUGUGCCCAAGAGGGCAGAGAACGAAUACUCAGAAAUAUUGUCAGCCAUGUACAGAGUCUCCAGAACUUUAUGACUGGCUCUACCUUGGCUUUAUGGCCCUGCUUCCUCUUGUUCUCCAUUGGUUCUUCAUUGAAUGGUACUCAGGCAAAAAGAGUUCCAGUGCAUUAUUUCAACAUGUAACUGCCUUAAUUGAAUGCAGUGUAGCAGCUAUUGUUACCUUACUUGUGAGUGAUCCAGUUGGUGUUCUGCAAAUUCGUUCUUGUAGAGUAUUAAUGCUUUCUGACUGGUACACGAUGCUCUACAACCCAAGUCCUGAUUAUAUUACCACAAUUCACUGUACUCAUGAAGCUGUCUACCCACUAUAUACCAUUGUAUUUAUCUAUUAUGCCUUCUGCUUGGUAUUAAUGAUGCUGCUCCGACCACUUCUGGUAAAGAAGAUUGCCUGUGGCUUAGGGAAGUCCGAUCGAUUUAAAAGUAUUUAUGCAGCUCUUUACUUCUUUCCAAUUUUAACUGUGAUUCAAGCAGUUGGAGGAGGCCUUCUAUAUUAUGCCUUUCCAUACAUUGUAUUGGUGUUGUCCUUGGUUACUCUGGCUGUAUAUAUGUCUGCUUCAGAAAUAGAGUCCUUCAAAGAUCUUCUUCUCAGAAAGAAAAGGCUAAUUAUUCUCUUCAGCCACUGGUUGCUUCAUGCUUAUGGGAUAAUCUCCAUCUCCAGAGUAGAUAAACUAGAGCAAGACUUGCCUCUCUUGGCUUUGGUGCCGGCCCCUGCACUUUUUUACAUACUUACGGCAAGGUAUACUGAGCCUUCGAGGAUACUUUCAGAAGGAGCCAAUGGACAUUAAGUUAAAUGCAACAUGUGCCAAGAAACCCAAGAAGCAUUCUUGAUAAAAACAAGCUGGAAAAGCAAAUGUAAAUGUGUGAACGUGCCUCUCUGUCAUGCUCUGGCACAUCCUCUGAAAGAACUCAUGCCUCCUGAUAGCCAGCAAAACUUGUGGACUAGACUGGGAAAAUACCAAGCAAGCAUCUAAAUGAUAUUUGGAAGAAUUACACUAAAAUCCUAUGAUGAAGCACUAUGUUGUACCACUGCUUUAGUUACACUGAAAAAGGCAAACAAUAACCCUUUGUAUGUUUCUAGCUAAAUUUUUGCUAUAGUGCAGAAUGGUGUUAACUAAAACUGAAUGUGUAAGUUGAUGGUGGAAUAUAUAAAACAUAAAAUCAAAGUGUUUUUUUAGUUAUUUAUUUUCACCAAUACAGUAUUUUGACAUAACACAAAGAAUAAAAUAGUAAUAUAGAACAGGUUUUCUGUUUAGAUAGCUUUAUUGAAGAAAUGCUGCAAUUAUUGUUCCUUUAAAAAAAUUAAAAAAUUUAAUGAAAAUUCUAAAAUAAACAUUCUGAAAUUUUGUGUCAUUUUAACUGCAUAGUCAUUAAGAAUUUUCUUGCCUGGCUAUUCUGGAAGUAAUUUUAAAAUGAUAAAUUAAUUUAUUUAAACCAUUACCUUCUAUUUUGGAUCACUACUGUGUAUUGCAUUAAGUGACUUGCCCAGGGUCACACAGCUAGGAAGUGUCUGAGGCCAGAUUUGAACCCAGGACCUCCCAUUUCUGGGCCAUCUAGCUGCCCCAAGAUGAUGAAUUUAAAAUAAUUGUAAGAUCUCCUCUCCUCAUUUUAUCAUUUUAAAGACAUCCUAAUCAUUAUCAAGUUAAAUGAAGGACUAAUAUUUAUUUAAAUAUUUUCUUUCUUGCAUAUAUUCCAAGUUUUAUCAACUUUUUUUUUUCUUUAUAGUUGUCCCCUUGGUGGGGGAGGAGGAACAGCAAUUAGGAUUAAUGAUUGUAACCUCAAAGUAUAAUUUUUAGCAGUUCACAUUAAACAAUUUUGAAAAUUUUUUAUUGAUAUUGUAGGGGUUCUUAAUUUUGGUUCCAUGAAUCCCAAAGAUUUUAAAGUGGUCCAUGGAUUUGGGAGAGAAAAAACCCAACAUCUUUAUUUAACACUGUUUCAUUUCCUUUGUAUUCCUAUGUAUUUUAUUUUAACUAUUUGAAAACUUUCUGAUAAAGGAGCCGUAAACUUCACCAGAUAAUGGGGUCUAUGAUUUAGAGGGUCCUUAUUUCUUUUUUUAAGGAAAAUUUUAUAUAGUCUCUCUCUAGAGUUUCAUUACAAAUAGCAAGGCAUUGAAAGAGCACUAUUUUGUUAGCUUUGUUAAUGCAGUUUGAAUUUGUUAAUGUAGUGUGUACUAGGUGAUUUGGCUCUGUUUUGUUUUUGUCUUUAGAUCAGAAUGAGACAAGAUGACCCUAUUGGAACACAUUUUCUUUGUCUCUCUUUUUCUGUAAAUACUCUAAUCUAAAAAGCCAAAUCUGGGUUAGUCAUCAAUGCCAAAUAAUUAGCCUGAACACCUCACUCAACAGUUUUAGAUGUGUUCUGAAUAUUUAAAAAGUUAUCUGUGUCCUUUAAAAUUGUGAUUUGUCCAGAGACUGGCAGUAUAUAUGGAGAACCUGAUAAUGAUUAAUAAAUGGAAAAUAUAUUGAAAA